AUGGCAACAGCUAAUAAUCCUCCGCCAAAGCCUUGGGAGAAAGGCGGUGGUUCUUCUGGUUGGACACCGUUUAGACCUCCAUCAUAUGGCAGCACAAGUGAUGUAGUGGAGGCUUCAGGAACUGGAAAACCUGGAGAAAUUUUUUCAAGUUCAGACAUUAAUGCCUCAAUCAACAGAAAUGCCAUUGGAAGGCAUGUUCCUCCAACUCCAUGGGAGAAUAACUAUGGCCCAACCAACUUUGGAGGUUGUAGUUCCAAUCUGACCUGUAACUCUGGCUAUGGAUUUGGUGUGUAUGAUGCAUAUGGUGGGCAUGGAGGAAUGUAUGGUGGAGGGAUGUAUGGCAACAACAUGUAUAGAGGAGGCUAUGGUGGAUUUCAUGGGUCUGGAAUGUAUGGUGGUGGGAUCCAUAAUGGUGGUUUUGGAGGUCCAAUGGGUAGCUAUGGAAUGGGUCCAUAUGGAGCUCCAGAUCCUCAUAAUCCUUAUGGUGCACCUUCUUCUCCACCAGGUUUUUGGAUUUCACUUCUUCGGAUGAUGCAGGGUGUGGUGAACUGUUUUGGUCGCGUAGCAAUUCUCAUAGACCAAAAUACACAAGCCCUUCACAUGUUCAUGUCUGCUCUUCUUCAGCUUUUUGAUCGGUCAGGUAUGUUGUAUGGAGAGUUAGCCAGAUUUGUGCUCAAGUUGCUGGGAAUUAGAACAAAUCCCAGAAAGGUUCAACCGGAUGGACUCCCUAUCCCACCACAAAAUCAAUACAAACCUUCUAUAGAUUAA